CACAUCGCUGUUUGGUCUGGCAGGAGAGACUGCUUCGCUUUUCUUUUUCUUUUUUUUUCUCUGUGCACCUCGGAUAAAGUGAACUAUUCGACUCGCAAACCGAUUUGAAUCCUCUUCGAGACUCGCUGAGCCGUAAUGGAUUUGGAGUCAUUUAGAAAAGUGGUUUAUUAAGUGUUUCGUGUCAAGCUUUGGAUCCUUUUUUUUUGUUGUUUUCUCGCACUCUUUUUCUUCCAUUCAUUGCUUUGCACCAGUGGGCAUCCAGGCAUGGUUAUGCACGUAGGUACAGGUACGGCUUUUUUGCUCUACCUCGUGCUGAAUUUCUUCAGCAUUCAUGCCUUUUCCAGCAGAUCCGAGAGCUCGAGCUUCUGCAGGAUCCUUCGCAGCCCGAACAGGGGCGCGCGCAGAGAAGGGCACAACGAAUACCGACUCCGGGUGGAAGGAGAUCCCGAGACCUAUCAGGCUGGAAGCACUUACAGAGUGAGUUUAUACGCCUCCAGUCCCUCGUACUUCCGAGGUUUCACUCUGAUUGCUCUGAAGGAAGGAAGAGAAGGAAGCAGCCUCAAUGAUUAUGCUGGUAAUUUCGAGAUCAUAGAUAAAGAAGACUCUCAGUUCAUGACCAACUGCCCUCCAGCUGUCACAGAGAGCGUUCCCCGGAGACGCACACGGAUCCAGGUGUUCUGGACGGCGCCCCCUUCAGGCAGCGGAUGUGUGAUACUUAAGGCGAGCGUGGUACAGAGGAAGAUAAUAUCCUUCCAGGAUGAAGGCUCUCUCACCAGGAGGCUGUGCGAGAAAGAUCCUUUGAAAACCACAGAGAAGCCUUUGCAUGAGUGCUGCGCAUGUGGAACAGCCAAGUACCGGCUCACCUUCUACGGGAACUGGAGUGAGAAAAUCCAUCCCAAAGAUUAUCCACGCCGAGCCAAUCACUGGUCAGCUCUGAUCGGUGCCUCUCACACCAGGAAUUAUGUGCUGUGGGAAUACGGAGGAUACGCCAGCGAGGGGGUGCGUCAAGUCGCCGAGCUCGGCUCGCCAGUCAAAAUGGAGGAGGAGAUCCGUCAGAAGGGCGAUGACGUGAUGACGGUUAUCAAGACGAAAGCUCAGUGGCCGGCCUGGCAGCCUCUUAAUAUUCGUGCUGCUCCCUCGGCCGAGUUCUCUGUGGACCGAUCCCGUCACCUCAUGUCAUUUUUGACCAUGCUCGGCCCGAGUCCUGACUGGAACGUUGGCCUGAGUGCUGAGGAUCUGUGUACGGCUGAGUGCGGCUGGGUUCAGAGACUCACUAAAGACCUGCUGCCGUGGGAUGCCGGGACAGACGGUGGACACAGCUACGAGUCCCCCAACAAACCAACAGUUCCCCAAGAGCGCAUUCGACCCCUCACCAGCCUCGACCACCCUCAAAGCCCCUUCUAUGACCCUUCAGGAGGCCCGAUAACACCUCUGGCACGAUUGUUGGUGGAGAGGAUCGCCAGGAAGGGAGAGCAGUGCAACACGGUUCCUGACACGGUGGACGAUAUUGUGGCUGACAUAGCCCAGGAGGAGACUGAGGAGGGAGACAGCACUCCAGAGACAUGUAUCUACUCGAACUGGUCUCCGUGGUCCGCGUGCAGCUCAUCCACGUGUGCAAAGGGUUUACGCAUGAGGCAGAGGAUGCUGAAGGCUCAGCUGGACGCCGGCGUGCCGUGCCCUCACACGCAGGACUUCGAGCCCUGUAUGGCACCCGGUUGUAUCGAAGAGGAGGCGUCUCCGUGCAUGCUGUCCGAGUGGAUCAGCUGGUCUCCGUGCAGCGCCACGUGCGGGAUGGGCAUGAGAUCCAGAGAGCGAUAUGUUAAAGUGUUUCCCGAGGACGGCUCGAGCUGCAGGGAGCCCACGGAGGAAACAGAGAAGUGUGUGGUCAACGACGACUGCUCCCCCAGUAGCUGUAUCGUGACGGAGUGGGCCGACUGGGAGCCAUGCAGUGUGAGCUGCGGUGUAGGGAUGAAGAAGAGGGCGAGGAUGAUGAAGAUGCCCGCGUCUGACGGCUCUGAGUGCCGAGCCGAGCUAAUGGAGGUGGACAAGUGCAUGAUGCCUGAGUGCAAUGCCUUUUCCUGUAUGGUAUCUGAGUGGUCAGACUGGGGUCACUGCAGUGUGUCGUGCGGGGUGGGAAUGCACGUGAGGCGGCGCAUGCUGAAGAUCCCAGCGCUGCCCGGUCAGUGUACAGAACAACUGGAGCAAGCAGAGAAGUGCAUGAUGCCCGAGUGCCCUCUGGACUGUAUGCUGUCGGAGUGGACCGAGUGGUCCGAGUGUAAUAAGUCCUGUGGUAAGGGUCAUAUGAUCCGAACCCGCAUGGUGAAGUUAGAGCCGCAGUUCGGGGGAAUCCCGUGUUCUGAAACCGUGCAGAGGAAGAAGUGUAAGAUCAGGAAGUGCACACGGGGCCCGCGGGCCAGCGACCGCAAAAAAUCCAAGCAGGACUCCACAGAGAGGCGGAGAUCUAAAGCAGGACGGCUGUCAACAUGGACAAAUGAGGAGAUACCAGGAAGUUGCAAAUUAGGCCAAUGGUCCAACUGGACGGAGUGUACCAAGCAGUGUGGCGGGGGUGUUCAGCAGCGUGUGAGGCCUGUGAGGAAGAAAGACAAAGGCAAAUGCAGGCCUCUCAAAGAGAACCGCAUGUGCAAUGAGAAGUCCUGCUAAAGAACUCUACAUUUCUUAUACACAGACACCACACAAACGUACAAACACAAACCCACACAAACAGAGGCGUGACGCAUGAGGAGCGUGAGGUCUUUUUCCAGACUGGUUAGAUGACGUGUAGAGAUUUUAGAAUAGUACACACAUGGUAAGAGAAGACAACACAGAUGUCUGUGAUUAGUUUUAGUUGCCUUUUCAGCAGCUAUACUGUAUGUAUUACUAUCUAACCAACCAACUUCACAGUAACACACUACAACACACUGCUUGGUUUUCUUUGCUGGAUGCUAGCUGUCAUUUUUUUGUUUUUAGUUGGGUUUUUUUUUGUUGACAUUUUUCUUUUACACUAUUUCUGAACCCUGUCUCACUUUGCAUUUACUGUACAGUUGAUAUUAAAGUGUGCUUUUCACACAGGAAAUCAUUUGCCCAUUUACGCAGAUAGCACUGCAGUGCUGAAAGGGCUAAAUUCUCAUCUUAAUCCUGCUUAGGUCUAGCCUAAAUAUCAUGAUAUUUUACAUUAAAAAAAGCCCCCUAAUCUCCCAGGACACUUCUGUGGGUCCAGACUUCCAGAAGUCCUUGCUCUUGUAGCUACAUGUAAACAGCCAAACUAUACUAAAUAAUUCGUAGUGUGGUGAUAUACCGUAUAAUGGGGGGCACGGUGGCUUAGUGGUUAGCACUUUCGCCUCACACCUCCAGGGUUGGGGGUUCGAUUCCCGGCCUCCGCCUUGUGUGUGUGGAGUUUGCAUGUUCUCCCCGUGCCUCGGGGGUUUCCCCCGGGUACUCCGGUUUCCUCCCACGGUCCAAAGACAUGCAUGGUAGGUUGAUUGGCAUCUCUGGAAAAAUUGUCCGUAGUGUGUGAUUGCGUGAGUGAAUGAGAGUGUGUGUGUGUGUGUGCCCUGUGAUGGGUUGGCACUCCGUCCAGGGUGUAUCCUGCCUUGAUGCCCGAUGACGCCUGAGAUAGGCACAGGCUCCCCGUGACCCGAGGUAGUUCGGAUAAGCGGUAGAAAAUGAAUGAAUGAAUACAUACCGUAUAAUAUAAUUUAAGGAAGAAACAGAACACCCCAUGGCAUGCUGUAUUAAGAAAAUAAUCAAUAGCCUGACACAAAGCAGCGUUUCUGUUACCAGUACCAUGAUGUUUACUAUUUUAUUAUAACGUUUCCAAAGUGAUUUUAUUUCUCUUUGACCACAGCAGCUUGCCAACAUGUUUCUUUUUCCCGAUUUACAUUUACAGUUAACGUUGCCAAAAAAAAAGUAUCCUUAUCCUGUUGUCACUUAUGCUAUAACAGCUACUGUAUAGUCAUCCGCUCACCAGCUUCUCUUUCUCUUUCAUCCUUUCUUUCUCUUCCUCUCAACCUCUCUCUCUCUCUCUCUCUCUCUCUCUCUCUAUUUCACUAUUAAAGUUAAUAAGACAAAAAAAACACAUCUUGUCAGGUUACAUAGAAAUCUACAGAGAAAGAUGUAAGGAAAAUGUUACAAACUGUUAGAAAGCUCUGACACCGAAGACUCCUUCCAAACAAGCUAACUAAAAAUCUUCUCAACAAAGAAAGCUUGAGAUAGUUUUGUGUAAUGCUUAAUAUGAUACUGUGUGUAUACAAUACAAGUACGCAUGAAUUAGUGGCUGCUGUAGAGAAGAUUACGUGACGGAUAACGUAUUAGAGCGAGCGCAUUAACACGUUGUUUCCCGAAAGUCUCAAACAUAGAGGAACUUUUUUUAGGAAAAAAAAAUCAUAUAUAAAUCCUCCACUGCAUUUCUUUGGAAAUGAUGAUCACUGAGUCAUGAGUAUGAAAAACUUUGGAAGAUGUUUUGCAAAAAAAAAAAAAAAAUUGCUUUUUGGUUUCAAAAAUCUUAGUCUUCAUAAUUGGACACAAUUAACACUCACAAGGUUUUGGGUAACAAACCACUGUUAAGUCAGUAUUGAAAUACUUUUUAAUAUAUCGUUGCUGUCGGGCGGAAACCUCGUAUGUCCAAAUUUGGUCAAUAUCAUAUUUUUUCACAUAUCGAUGCUAUUGGUCAGUCCCCACGUGGGUCUGUUAUUUUUACAAGUUAUUAAUCAAUCUAAAGUCUUGAAAAUAGCUUGAGCGCAAAUCUCAUAACUCCAUUGGACACUUCAACUGUCCACCUCUUCCUCACUCCGUGGGAGAGCUUCACGGCAUAUUUCUCCUCAAGAAGAGUCGCAACGAAUCAACACGUCUUCUGAGGUAAAUGUCUUCAAAACACUGGGCUCAAAGAAAAAAAAAUCUUGACCCCCGCUAGUUCUGGUGCUCGUCUGAGGACAGGAAUUUAGCGCAAGACAAUCCACUGCAACACGGACUAAACCCUGUGCACUGCAGAUAAGGUACGGCGCUUUUUUAAUUUCCUGAAAAAUAACAGUUUUGGAGAUAUGAGGAUUCUGCCUGACAGCGACGAUAUGGCACAUGCAAAGGCUUGUAUAUACAGUAUACUUAGGAGCAACUUUUGAACCCCACAAAUACAAAUGAUCAUGAGACACUUUUAGAACAUUUUUAUGUCGGUGUUAAAUUUCCGGCAUUUAGCAGACACCCUUAUCCAGAGUGACUUAUAUUGUUAUCUCAUUUUAUGAGGGUUAAGGGCCUUGCUUAGGGGCCCAGCACAUUAACCGCUAGGCUGCCUCAUACCUGCAAGGCUACAACGUUGCUCCUUGGUCUCACUAAACACAUCAGCCACAAGUGAGCCAAACAAGGCUAAGUUUGGGGUUUUAUUGACGUUUAGAACAUUUUAAGCAACAAAAUUAGAACUACUGGUCAUUGACAAGUUAAAAGUAACACUGAAAGACCCACUGGAAGACUCUGUGCUCACAAAACUCUUAUCCUCCUUGACUGGACCCAAUCAGCACUCAGCAUGGUUUCGGGUAAUAGACAUCUGUUAAGACAGUGUUGAUAUGGGUUUCACCAAAUGGCUCAUGUACAGUAGGGCUUAUAUAUAUUCUGGGGUGUUGGUUGGGACAAAAAUGAGAAUUGUUGCCCACUGACAACUGAUGAUAUGACCUAUUACUAUACUCUUCCAUUCUAAACACCCCACAGUGGUUUGGGUAAUAGAUCGCUGUUAAGUCAGCGUUGAUGAUGGACUUCACCAGGGCCUCAGAUUGUACACCAUUGUAAAGUCAUUAUUAAUACAGACUUCACCAAUGGGUGUAUUUAGUGCUUGUACAGCCCUGAGGAGGAGGACCUUUUAAUCCCCAAGACCACAUGGUAAUUGGUAUCAAUGUAGGUUUCACCAAAUGACCUACUGUAUAAAGCUGGGGAGCAAACUUUAAACGCCAGAUUCAGAAAUCUUGCCCACUGACAAGUUAUAUUCGAGAUAAAUCUUCUUCACAUCAUUGCUGAUUCUGUACUCUUACAAACCUGUACACUUUGAUUGGCCAUAGUUAAUAUAUAAUAAUUGUUAUGGGGAAAUGUUUAGUUACCAAGACUACGGUUUUCUUCUAGAGGGCGCAUGGACUUCAAACGAGGACAUAAAGUCCACCAGUACACCAUUUAGGAGAGUCUGAGAAUAAAACAGUCCUAUAAUCCUGUAGCAUCAUCGCUUCCAAAUACAGACCAAUUUAAAAUCAGUAGAUUCUACAGUCAGGGUAUAGUUUCAGUAGAAUGACAAGUGCAGCACCACACUUUUCUCUGUCAAGGACAUCAGGCAGGAUUUGCAUUUCAAUCGAGCCCCCACACAGCCACUUGUCUCAUCCCUGCCUCUAAUCCGAGGUGAGCACCGCCACAUUAAGCCUUCUCUAUUGAGCACUAUCAAGGUGGGUCACCAACGAUCAAUGAGCGAUCGAUUCGGACAGUGACCAUCUGCCGAGGGGGGAUCGAUUUUCUCCUGUCACUACAAAGCAGUUCCGUCAUAUCGUUUCGAAGACUCACAGCUGACUUUUUUUUUUUUCUUUUUUCUUUUGCUUUUUUUGGUUCAAAUGAAAACUCAUAGAAUAGCACUUGGGUGGUUCAGAAAUGAUAGUGCUGAACAGAAAGCACAGGUAAGAACAACCAUUCCAAGACAAGUAAAAAAAUAACGUUAAUUUUAGCCUGGAAAUAGUUUUUAAUCCUCUGUAAUCCAUGUAGAGGCGCAGUAACUCAGCCGUAGGACGUAGAGUGCGGUAUUCAUUUUAGACAAUUUAUAACUUUUGCUGUGGAAUUUUGAUAUACUCGACAUCCAGGACUUGCCAAGGUCAUGUGUAGAUCUCUCUCUCUCUCUCUCUCUCUCUCUCAAUUUCUGUUAUUUUUUCCCCUUCUCCACUACAAUAUAUUACUAUUUUGGAAUAAAUCACCUUUACAAUAAAAGUAAUUGUGACAAA